UAGCUUCCGGUCGAGCUCCCUCGAAAGCCACGACCCCUCUUCUCUGAAAUCUCAGAGAACUGCUCCGUGAGGAAAUCAAUCUCCUAUCAUACUCUACGAGUAAAGAACCUCGGAAUAUACUUAUUAAAUAAACUAUACCCGAUCGAGCUCCAAGCGCGACGACCAAGAUGUGAUCGACUACAUGCCCCCCAUCGCCUUGAUGACUUCCGGCGCCAAAUUCAUUCCUGGCAUCCCGAAACUCGAUACAGUACGGGCUAUUGACGGGCAGUGCCAAUCAACCGUGUCAGAGCCGACUCCUACGAGUUCUGCAUGGAGUUUUAUCAUAGCUAGGGGGGGGGUGCCCAGGGUGGGUGUGUGAUAAGGACAAGGCGGGGAGAGACUCCUACCUUAUGGAGACUGAAAAUUUGCCCGUUGGUAAGGCUACCGACCCGUUGCUACUGAGGAGGCUUAUAUGAUAUAUCAUAUGAUAUCACACAAACCUACGAGCCCCGAACUUGCCCUGCUCUACAGGUAGGCUUAUGUGAUACCCCCAUCUCAUCCGGAAAGUGAAACACCCCCCAGGUGCAAAACUUCAGACCAAAUGACGGCUACAACCCCCCCACGCCGAUCCAACAAUCGGCAAAAGGAUCAGCUACAGGGGUGUUAUCCCCCACGGGCUGGGCACCCGGAACAUGGACGCUCACGCCGUCCUGAAGACUUUCUGAAAUACCGGUAGCAAUCCUACCGGGCUAAGGUUGUUCCACGCCAUAUUUGCCAGCGCUGUUAUGCCCGAUAACGAGCUCACCUUCGAUAUGUGGAAGGCCCAAUAAGGAGGGUGACUUUGGCGAGACCAUCUCUCUUGCCAGGGUUAACGAGGGACGAAGGGCUGUUUUGAGUAUGAUAAUGGACGAGUAAACUUGGUGCUAGUACUAACAUAAGUAAGCUUUAAGCGGAUGCGAGAAGGCUCUCAGAGUAGUCUAAGCAUGCAAAAUUCCCAAUUGCUACUGGGCGUGUAACCUGUCUGAAUGUAAUGCCACGAUUCUUCUGAGGUCUUGUGUACCACUAUUUGCGGAUAGUGCUGGUGAAAAUUUCUACACAACAUUGUACCCACGUUUCCUGCUGAAACUCUAUCUAAGUUUCGCACAUUACGGAAACCUACCCGCCAUCGUAAAAUGGACUUUGAUAUAUAAACAAAUCAACGUAGUCCAAUUUCGACAGGCCCUCAUAUCUCAUACCACCAAUCCAGUAAGAAAGCACGGUAACAAAACACAAGUACUAGUACAAUUAGGAGGAACAAAAUGAAACUUCACAUGUCUCAACAAUAGACUAUCUGACUGCUCAAAUCCACAAUCUCCUUGACAAUCUUCAGAAUAACCAUACCCCGAACCGGAAGUCUCUAAAACACUAGGCAUUAGAUGUAGCCCUAUAAAGAUACCGUCCCCUAUAAAGCCACCGGAGUUAAGGUAUCAUACCUGAACCAUUUCAGGGCCCUGCACCGCUAGUGGAUGACAAAUCCCCUAGCUGUGACUUAGUGCUGAGUAUUACGCGCGGGUAGCGAAGACACUUUACCCUCAUCCCGUCUGCUGGGCUGCAGGCUGGUUGCGUCGGUGGGAGGGCUAUCGCAUCUCGAUGCACGAGCGAAGCGAUACAUAAGUAGGAAGCAAAAGUUCUAACACAACUUUCGCCUCAACAUCCUUUUUUUUCUUUUCUUCUUCGUUUCUAUCCAUUUAUCCAUUCACCACCUCCGCCCUUCUCCUCUUCGCCUCCACUACCACGACAACUCUUCUACCCUCUCCUACGGUGCCUGCUUGUCGUCUCGAUAACCUUCCACCCCACUAUACGCUUCCUUUCCACCGGCGAAAUCUUCGGGAUUAAAGAUAAACCAUCUAAUUUCGCCACAUUUCCAACGUUUCCAUUCUCCUUCCUUCGUGUACGAAUCGAAUUGCAUUCAAUACCGUUUUUUUUUCUUCUCUUUUUCUUCUUUUUGCAAGAUGGCGUACGGCCGGAACUUACCUUGGAAGACGGCGCUGAGAAUUUCAGAAAGGAGGGUACAGGUGCGCACGAGUGGAUUACUACAGUUACCCAGGGCGAGAUGUCAUUUCUCUUCCUCCCCUGGGAAUUUGACGCGGAUUCGCACCGGAUGGUCUUCGACUUCAUUGGCUUUGGGACGAACUAGCUCUUUCCCUUCCACUACUACUACUACCGUCACCACCACGGACACAGCGCAGGCAUUGAGGUUCGGGUAUCAUCGGAGACUAUCUGUUUCUGCUCUACGGCUAAAGGGGAAGCCGCCGCCGAAGAACAAUGGGAAUACGGAGAUUGAGGAGGUUGAGGAGGGGACCAAGAGGAAGGAGAAGAAGGAUGAGCACAACAAUGUCAAAGUGGAUAAUGGCAAUGCGAGGUCCGGAGAUAGUGCUCCCUUGUUGGGUGAGAUACCGAAGGGUGAAUCGGGUGGCACUAGUGGGCGUGGAAAUGGAGGCAACGAUAGUGGCUCCUCCGGCAGUGGCGGUGGACGGAGAAGAGGAGCCUCUGAUAGAGCUCUUUCGAAACCUACAGUUCCGGAUAUCUACCCUCAAGUCAUGGCUCUGCCUAUUGCGAAACGGCCUCUAUUUCCGGGGUUCUACAAGGCUGUAACUAUUAGGGACCCGGCCGUUGCUGCAGCUAUUCAGGAAAUGAUGAAGAGGGGACAGCCCUAUAUUGGGGCUUUCUUGUUCAAGGAUGAGAAUGUGGAUCGGGACACGAUUCAGAGCACAGACGAGGUCCACGAAGUUGGUGUUUUUGCCCAGAUCACUAGUGCUUUCCCAAUCCACGGCGAAGAUGGCAGUUUAACAGCUGUCUUCUUCGAAGAGGAGGUUGAGAAGAAACAACUAGCCCCAAAUCCAUACGCUACCUCAUUCCUAAAGAAGCAUAAUGUUAGUAUUGUUGAUGUUGAGAAUCUGGUCGAAGAGAGCUACGACAAAAAGAGCCCGGUAAUCAGGGCUGUCACAUCCGAGAUUGUUAAUGUUUUCAAGGAAGUUGCAAACCUUAACCCCCUCUUUAGGGAUCAGAUUUCCACCUUUUCAAUGUCACAGUCCUCCGGUAACGUCAUUGACGAGCCUGCAAAACUAGCAGAUUUCGCUGCGGCAGUAUCCGCCGGCGAGGUCAAGGAAUUGCAAGAGGUUUUGGAAACCCUAGGCGUAGAGGAGAGGCUGCAGAAGUCACUUGUGGUUCUCAAGAAGGAGCUCAUGAACGCACAGCUCCAGAGCAAGAUCUCUAAGGAUGUGGAGGCUAAGAUCCAGAAACGGCAAAGAGAAUACUGGCUCGUGGAGCAGAUGAAAGGCAUCCGGCGAGAACUUGGCAUUGAGAGUGAUGGGAAGGAUAGGCUUAUUGAGAAAUUCAAGGAAAAGGCGGAAAUGCUGGCUAUGCCAGAGGCCGUUAAAAAAGUGUUCGAAGAGGAACUUAAUAAGUUAGCUCAUCUCGAGACUGCGGCAUCCGAAUUCAACGUUACUAGAAACUACUUGGAUUGGCUUACACAGAUCCCCUGGGGCCAGAGAUCUAACGAGAACUACAACAUCAAGCAUGCGAUGACUGUACUAGAUGAAGACCAUUACGGGCUUGAAGACGUUAAAGACAGAAUCUUGGAGUUCAUUGCGGUUGGGAAAUUAAGAGGCAGCGUUGAGGGGAAGAUUAUCUGCUUUGUUGGACCACCAGGUGUUGGUAAAACAUCAAUCGGGAAAUCCAUCGCCAGAGCCUUGAAUCGGCAAUUCUACCGAUUCAGCGUUGGUGGUCUCACUGAUGUCGCCGAGAUCAAAGGCCAUCGUCGAACAUAUAUUGGCGCCUUGCCGGGUCGCAUUAUCCAAGCUUUGAAGAAGUGUGAAACCGAGAACCCCUUAAUUCUCAUUGAUGAAGUGGACAAGAUUGGCCAUGGGCAUCAUCAAGGAGAUCCAGCAUCCGCAUUGCUGGAGCUUCUAGACCCGGAGCAAAACUCCUCUUUCCUAGAUCAUUACAUGGAUGUUCCGGUCGAUCUUUCGAAGGUACUGUUUGUCUGCACAGCGAACAUGACGGAUACAAUUCCCAGGCCGUUGUUAGAUCGAAUGGAGAUGAUUGAGUUAUCGGGCUAUGUAGCUGAUGAAAAAAUGGCAAUUGCGGACAAGUACCUAGCGCCCCAAGCUAGGGAAACGAGUGGGUUGAAGAACGUCGAUGUGGUGUUGCAGAAGGAUGCGAUUGAAGAAUUGAUAAAAUCGUACUGCCGAGAGAGUGGGGUGCGCAAUCUAAAAAAACAGAUUGAGAAAGUUUUCAGGAAAUCUGCCCUGAAGAUCGUGCGAGAUCUGGGAGAAGCAGCCCUGCCGGAAGAGAAAGCAAUGACGCAAGAGAGCAAAGCAGUUUUGGGGGAACCCGAGAAGAGAACAGGGCAAGUUAGCAAAGAGGAAGAGGGAAAGGCCGCGGACGUGGAAAAGGAAACUUGCGAACAGCCACAAGCGCCGUUAGCAGUUCCAGAAUGGGUACACGUCACAAUUGAUAGAAAUAAUCUAAAGGAUUAUGUUGGACCUCCGGUCUUUAUUUCUGACAGGCUGUACGACAUCACACCUCCAGGUGUUGUCAUGGGACUUGCGUGGACGCAAAUGGGUGGUGCAGCUCUCUACGUUGAAUCCAUAUUGGAAACAGCUUUGACACCCUCUUCUCGCCCAGCCUUGGAGAGAACUGGUAAUCUGAAGGACGUGAUGAAGGAAUCAACGUUAGUGGCCUAUGCAUUUGCAAAGAGCAUGAUGUCCCAGAAGUUCCCACAGAAUCAUUUCUUCGACAAGGCUAGAGUCCAUCUCCACUGCCCAGAGGGAGCUGUGCCGAAAGAUGGGCCCUCCGCUGGAAUAACAAUGGCUACAUCUUUAAUGUCCCUAGCCCUAGAUCACAAGAUUGAUCCUACGAUUGCGAUGACCGGGGAACUUACCGUGACUGGUAAGGUACUGCGAAUAGGUGGACUUCGCGAGAAGGCUGUGGCGGCGCGCAGAUCCGGGGCGAAGACGAUUAUAUUUCCGGUGGAUAACACGUCGGACUGGCUAGAGCUCCCUGAGAACAUCAAGGAAGGUUUAGAAGGUCUGUCCGCCAGUUGGUACGGUGAUGUGUUUGAUAUCGUCUUCAAAGACCUUGACAAAGAAAGAGCCGGAAAUCUAUGGCAGGAACAACUGAAGGGUGAAAACCCAGACACGGAGGCCAGCGAUGAGCACGACAAUGAUUAGAUCGGCGCUGACUUAUCGCUCUCCACUGUAUAACGGAGCGAGGUUUUUAGUAUGUGCGAGUAUUGGGGGGGGGGGGUUGCAGUUAUAUUUUGACUUUUGCUUUUUAGAGCUUGUACAUUUUCCUCUUGACUUCCUUUCCACAGUAACUGCUCUUGCGGGGUCGGCGAAAAGUAAACUGCGGGACGGGGGAAACAAAAAGCAAUCCAUCAAAAGGGCCAUAUUACAAUGUCAGGAUAGAAGGGGGUUCCUUUCCAGCAUACAGAAGGCAUUUGCAGAUUCAUGGUAGAUAGCAUUCAUAGCAUUUUUAACUCCUCUCAUAUUU